CUCAAAUAAACACAACUGACCACGAGGAUAACCACGCGAAUGUCAAGGAGUGGCCCCGCCUUAUCAUUAACUGACUUUAAACGCAAGCCUUUAAAGACUAUUAUGUAGUUAUGGAACAGACUACUAUUUUAUGAAGUGGGAUGAUGUUAACUGUGGUAGUAGUUCAUACCUGUCCAUUGCUCAAUGUUCCUACUCUACUUACAUUGACUAUGGUUGUGUUAACUCUAACAGUUAUGAUGCUACUGUAUACUGCUAUACCACAAGGAUAUGGAACAGUAAUCCAUAUGCUGGUAUGGUACGUCUUCAAGAUGGAGAUUAUUCUAAUGAAGGACGUGUUGAGGUUUAUUGUAAUGGACAGUGGGGGACAAUAUGCAGUGAUGGGUUUGACUCUACUGAUGCCAACACUCUCUGCAAGCAACUGGGAUAUGAUUCAUCCUCAUUCUUUCAUCUUUCAACUGAUUCAAAUGACAGUUUGCCUUUUUGGACUUCUAACAUGUAUAGUACAACAAAUGAUUUGUGUUUUAAAGAGCACAAUAAUUGUCCCAACACUUCAGUGACAAGUUGCUCCUUCUCCAACAGUGUAUCAAUCCAGUGCACUGAUGUUGCUGCGUUCACUAGACUUAAUAUUGAGCAAGAUACUUGUGCUAAAUUUCCUGACUUGCUUCAUGCUACAAAUGGAACAAUCAUACUUUCUCGUAAUAAUACAUCAUCAGCCUCUUAUUACUAUGGAACUGUUAGAGUGUAUGAUAAUGGAUGGGGUAAUAUAUGUGAUGACUACUAUUUUGAUUCAGCUGAAGCUAAUGUCAUUUGUCAUCAGUUGGGAUACACUGGAGCUUCAAGCUACUCUAGAGCUGGACUAACCAAUUAUGGUACAGACUAUCUUCGAAUGAAAUGGGAUGAUGUCAACUGUGGUGAUAGUGACUAUCUUUCUAUCUUUCAGUGUUCCUACUCUACUUACAUUGACAGUGGUUGUGUCAAUAGUAACAGUUAUGAUGCUACUGUAUAUUGCUAUACCACUAGGAUCUGAGAUAGUAAUCCAUUCUCUGGUAUGAUACGUCUUCAAGAUGGUGAUUAUUCUAAUGAAGGACGUGUUGAAGUUUAUUGUAAUGGACAGUGGGAGACAAUAUGCAGUGAUGAUGGGGUUGAUAGCUAUGAUGCUACUAUGCUUUGCAAGCAACUAGGUUUUAAGAACUAUUCAACUUUUUCCACAGUACCUAGUAACUCUAGUCAGCCUACAUGGAGUGACAGUAUGUA